ACACCGCACGUCCGACGUACCCCACCCUCCACUGCUUCCUCCUCCAGUGGCCGCGCCAGCACACGGAUCGACAACCACAAAGGUCGUCGCGCGGGUUGUUGGCCAUGAAGGCGGCGCACUACGGGACGACCUAAUGGUCGUAACCCCCAUUCCUCAAGACGGCAGGUCCGUGAUACGGGACGACCUUGUGGUCGUACCGUCGAUUCCGCAGGACGACACGUCCGAUGUACUCGAUCUACCCAUCGCCGGCCGAUGGAUAGCGAGUACGCCGAGUUUGGUGCUUGACGUACACGCUGCGGACCAGCACGAAGAGUCGAGAGUUGAGGGUACUCCCCUGAUGGACGUACCCGGGCCCACUCUGACACAUCUCCACUUGCCCGUGCUCGUGCUAGCAUACAUAGCGACGAACGUGAAGUUUGUCGUACGCAUGACUGGCCAAGAAGAUGGCAUGGUCGCGCUGUGGGACGACCCAAGGGUCGUACCUUCCGCACUACAAGGCGAGGCACUUGUGCUCGGGGACGACCUCGCGGUCGUACCCUCCAAUUCGCAUGGCGGCGCGACGGACAUGCAGCGAUGCAUGCCCAACGUGUCCCACUCAAUCUCGACUGCAUAUGGCGCGACGUCCGCGCCUCAAGACGGCCUGCACGUCCUUGCGGAAGUGCAGGCCUCCGACUGUCCCAACACAGCUGAACCUCUUUUGGGUCAGACGGCCAAGCCGUGGAACGUCCCGGACAACCUCUCCCGCGACGCACUCGACUCCGCAGGGCUUUUGGAAAGCCGAUCGACGCGUAGGGCCUCCCUGCGAGAGGCUUCUCGUGCUCGUUGGCGAGCACAAGCAGCGCAAGUCCGCGCAGCUGAACCGCCCGCGGUUCAACUGGCAGACCCCCCGGAUGGCUUCGCUUUCGACUUAACCCGCUCCAGCCGUCACCGACCGUGCGCGGCCGUAUUCCAAGAGGACUUGCACUCCCCACAGGAAGUGCAAGCCCACGGCCUCUUCAAGACAGCUGAACUUUUCGCGGUUCAGCUAGGAAGCCCACGCUACGACCUCGACCGGAUCGACAACGCAGCGGACCUCGCCCUCGACCCCUUGAGUGACCGCCACCCUAUUCGCGACCCCGGCGCCCCUGCGAACGCGCAGUCCGACGCUCGGGUAUUCCCAAUGAACGCGCGAGCUCGAGAUCGCGACUCGACUGCUGCACUACCAGUAGUGCAGCAGCCGGCGUUUACGGACCCCUACACGCCAGACCAGCCUCCCGACUGCCAACUCGGCGAGAAUUUCACAGUUCUCGCCGAGGACUCGCUCCUACGGUGCCCUACCCCGAUUCUUAUCGACCUCCCUACGGCCUCCGACACCCAUGGCGAUUACGACAGGCGCCAUGAAUCGGCGACCCUGCAUACACCCCGGAGAUCGUGCAAGGAAUGGGAGGACGGGCAGGACGGGAACGGAGGAGACGCGGGCGAGGGCACGGAAGCCGGAGAGUUAGACGAGGAAGGUCAGGCAGAAGGAGGAGAGGGGGAAGGGUGUGGUGUACGCGAAGCAGACGAGGAUGUGAGCUCAAGAAGCAAAGGUACGUCCUUAUUGGACGUACCCUCUUCACUCGCAUCACCGCUCUCUACCCCACUACCACCACCCGUGAUGACCACGACAACCAAUGUGGUUGUCGUGGCAGUCACCCUGUACGACGGUGGUACGGAUGGCCCACGGGACAACCCACAGACCAUGACUGGCACGGACAUGCUGUACAGUAUGAUCGGCGGGCGAGGGUGCUCGAACCGUGUAUCCAACGUUCCUGCGGUUUGCACGCAGAGGUUGAAUCCUUCGGUCACCGACUACGGCGAGGAGCUCGGUGGCGACUCGGUCAGCAAGUACCUCGCGGUACUCGUCCUAUCACCAUCAUCCGAGAUGUGGCGAGGAGAACUUCACAGUUCUCCGACCCCAAUACAAUCCUUGCCAUCAUCAUUAGCUCGUUGCCAACAUUGUCCUGUCGCCAUCGGCACUCUGAUUUGCAUAACUCCAUCGAGUUAUGUAUGACAAUGGUGGACGGCUGUACUGCUCACUGACACGAAGUAGCUUGUCGUUGUCUACAGUACGGCACCACCUUUGUCUUGCCAGUCGCUACCACCGUUGGGUGGUUGCGUGUACUUUUCCUC